AGUAGUCAGCACCUCGUCAACUAGAAUGACAUUGCCUUAUUAGUUUUACAACAAACUAACACAAUGCAACACACUGUUUUAAUAGCAAUCUGGGCUCUCGCCCUCUUUCAAGGUCAUGUUGCUGCCAGCACAUGGGCUAACCAAGACUAUGCUGAAUCCACAUUUGACCUGAACCAGGCCGUUCUUACCCAAGUCUUUCAUAAGCGAUCUUUGGAUGAUUCUCUCCAAUCACCAGUGAAUCAUCACACCUGCAACACAUGGGGAGGAGGAGCAUUGAAGACAUUUGACAACCAACUUUUCUUUUUUAAAUCCACCUGUGACCUUUUCAUGAGCAGAUCAUGCAAAGGCCAAGUUGACCAAUAUGAGGUGAAAAUCCGCAGAGGGCCAGAUGGAAACCUGGAACAUAUAUUCAUCAAAAUUGAAAUGACCACGAUUGUUCUGGCAAAUGGAACAGUUUGGGUUAAAGACCAGAUGCGAACUUUGCCAUAUGAUGACAAGAUGGUCAAUAUCCGCAGCAAUGGGGUUAGCAUCAGAAUUGCAAACAAGAAGCAUUCUGUAUCCUUGAUUUGGAACAGGAAAGAUGCAUUGUCGCUAAAACUCCAUCCUAGAUACAGUGGAAAUGUUUGUGGACUUUGUGGACAAUUUGAAAAGAAAGGGAAAAGCAUUCCCCCAGCAAAAGCCGUUCCAGUUGAUGCUUUUACAAUCCGUCAGCACGCUGUUUCAAGUGAUACCUGUUCCAUCACGAUACCCGAAGAUGGAAAUUGUCAAAAUUCUGAAAGGUGCCUACAGGCCUUCUCACAAUAUUUUUCCAGUUGCAACAAUUUUGGUGCCUAUUUCAACAUUUGUACAAGGGAUGCCUGCUCUUCAAAUAAUGACCAGGCCCACUGUGAUAGUUUAACAGAAUUUGCACGACUGUGUCCAGUGAGGGAAAGUGGUUGGAGGAGUGCUGAACAAUGUGAACAGCCUGUUUGUCCUGAGAAUCAGAUUUACAGGGAAUGUGGUUCAGACAUUACUCCAACAUGUACUAAUCCAAAGCCUCAACUGAAAAAAGACGUUUGUGUAACCACCUGUGAAUGCCCACCAGGUACGGUUCUUGAUGAUAUAAGAGGCACCAACAAAUGCAUCAACAGCUCAACUUGUCCAUGUGUAUAUAGUGGAAUGAUAUAUGAUAGUGGAGACAGAAGGAAUACAUCCUGCCAGACAUGUGUCUGCAAUGGUGGACUAUGGGACUGCUCUCAUCAUAGCUGUCCCAGCAGGUGUAAAGUGGAAGGAACACACAUCACAACAUUCGAUAGGAAAUAUUAUAAUUUGAGAGGAGAUUGCACAUACUAUGCAGUUUUUGGAGAUGUCUGGUCAGUAACUAUUGAGAUGCAUAUAUGUCAAAAAGCAGUUGAACAGAUAUGUUUACGGCGUGUUUCAUAUUUGCAGUCUAAGGUCAGAUAUGAAUUCAACAGUAAUGGUGAUAUUUACUCUGGUGGAGAUGAAAUUAAACUUCCUCUAGAACAGGGCGAAAUAAUAAUUUUUCAGAAAUCUUCACAAUUCAUUCAAUUUUCAACAUCAUUUGGGCUAACAAUGCAAGUGCAGAUAUCUCCCACCAUGCAGUUGUACAUUUCACUGCAGGAAACCCACAAAGGAACUGUGAAAGGCUUAUGUGGCAACUUUAAUGGCUAUGCUGGUGAUGACUUCCUGACUACACAGAAUAUAGUGGAACAAUCACUUGUCAAUUUUGCUCAUUCAUGGAUCAUUUCUGGUGCUAAGUGUAAUCCUCCAGAAUCAGAAGAACCUACUUGCAUUAGUUCAGAAAAAGAUAACUAUGCAAAAGAGCAUUGUGCUGAGCUGAUAAACCAAAAAGGGGCUUUUGGCCGAUGCCAUUCUGAAGUGGAUUACAUCGAAUACUAUGAUAUGUGUAAGGAUUCCAUCUGCACUUGUCAGAAUAUUGAUCACUGCAUUUGUGCUGCACUCGGUGCAUAUGUUCAUGCAUGUGCUGAAAGAGGGGUCAUAUUGAAUGAAUGGACUGGAAGUAUUUGCAAUACAGCUUGUGAGAAGAAUCAGGUUUUUGACAACAAUAUGACAACCUGUAACCGGACUUGCAGAUUACUGGAAAAACCUGACUUCACCUGUAGUGUUAAGGAUGUUCCAGUUUAUGGAUGUGGCUGUCCUGCAGGAAAGUACAUGGAUGAAAGUGGACUUUGUGUUGAUCGAGAAAAAUGCUCAUGUUACUACAGGGGCAUGUAUAUUGAAUCUGGAGAAAGUGUUGAUAAUUGCUAUUGCAUAGAUGGACGUAUUACAUGUUCUCAGGGUCACCACACAACACAGACCCCAGGGUGUCAUGGGGAAAAGAGAUAUUUUAAUUGUUCAGGAGCUGAAAACUUAAAUCGGAAACAUUGUGGGAAGAAAUGCAGCAACUUGAAUUUACCAUGUCCAGAUCAAUGCAUUCCUGGUUGCAUCUGUCCUGAAGGUAAAGCUGAAGAUGACAGUGGAAAUUGUGUUUUACAUGAAAAAUGCCCUUGUUUGUUUGAAGGAGAGAGCUUUAGUGAGGGAAAAGUGAUCAAGAAGGAUUGCAACAAAUGCACGUGCCGGGGUGGAGUGUGGAAAUGUACUGAAAAACGAUGUUCAAAGACCUGUCAGGUUUAUGGUGAAGGUCAUUUUACAACAUUUGAUGAGAAAAGUUACACUUUCGAGGGGAAUUGUGAAUAUACAUUUGUUCAGGACCACUGCAGAGGAAAGACUGGUACUUUCCAAAUACUCUUUGAAAAUGUUGCAUGCUGUGAAGAUGGAGUGACAUGUUCCAGAAAUAUCAGAAUUAUAUUCCAGGAUAAAGAACUAACUUUGGAAGAUGGGACAGUAAAAGUUUCUGAUUCAAAUUCCACAUCAGAAUGCACAGAAGAUUCCUAUUCACUUCACACUGUUGGACUUUAUCUAAUCCUCACAUUUUCAAAUGGGAUCACGGUGAUUUGGGACAAACACACAAGACUUUCUGUAACACUGGAUGAGAAAUGGAGGAACAAAGUAUGUGGUCUCUGUGGAAAUUUCAAUGAUGUCACUGAAGAUGAUCUAACAACCAAAUUUAACUCCUUGGUGAGCAGCUCUGCUGAGUUUGGAACCAGCUGGAAAACUAUUCAGCCCUGUUCUAGUUCAGUGGAUCAGACAUUUCCAUGUGAGAGAAAUCCAUUUUGUUCUCCAUGGGCACAGAGAAAAUGUUCCAUAAUUAAAGAUCCAAAAGAAGCAUUUAAAAAAUGUCACAAUAAGGUUAACCCAGAACCAUACUAUGACGCUUGCAUUAAGGAAGCCUGUGCCUGUGAUAUGCAGGGAAAAUAUCUGGGUUUCUGCACUGCUGUAGCUGUGUAUGCAGAAGCUUGUAACAAAGCUGGUGUUUGUGUUCGCUGGAGAUCCCCUGAACGCUGUCCUGUAUAUUGUGACUAUUAUAACAGUCCUGAUGAAUGCAGUUGGCAUUAUCAACCGUGUGGAACUUUGACAGCAAAAACAUGCAGUGACCAUUCAGUUCGGAAAAAACUCUCCGCUGUCCUUGAAGGUUGUUACCCAAAGUGCCCAGAAAGCGCUCCCUAUCUGGAUGAAAAUAUAAUGAAAUGUGUCAACUUGGACGAGUGCACCUGUUAUUACAAUGGCAAAAUAUACCAACCAUAUGAAACCAUACCUGGCUGUGGAAACUGUGUAUGCAGUGAAGGAAAUGUUGAAUGUGUAACUACAACAACCACAACACCACCAACCACCACACCAACCACCACACCAACUACCACACUAACUACCACACUAACUACCACACCAACUACCACACCAACUACCACACCAACUACCACACUAACCACCACACCAACCACCACACCAACUACCACACUAACUACCACACUAACUACCACACCAACUACCACACCAACUACCACACCAACUACCACACUAACCACCACACCAACCACCACACCAACUACCACACUAACUACCACACUAACUACCACACUAACUACCACACCAACUACCACACCAACUACCACACCAACUACCACACCAACUACCACACCAAUCACCUGGCCAACCACCACCACGCUAACCACCACGCCAACAACUACCACGCCAACUACCACGCUAACCACCACACCAACUACCACACCAAUCACCUGGCCAACCACCACCACGCCAACUACCACGCCAACCACCACGCCAACCACCACGCCAACAACUACCACGCCAACCACCACGCUAACUACUACGCCAACAACUACCACGCCAACCACCACACCAACAACUACCACGCCAACUACCACGCCAACAACUACCACGCCAACCACCACGCUAACUACUACGCCAACUACCACAACGCCAACCACCACGCCAACAACUACCACGCCAACCACCACGCCAACCACCAUCACGCUAACUACCACGCCAACAACUACCACGCCAACCACUACCACGCCAACUACCACGCCAACCACCACCACGCCAACCACCAUCACGCUAACUACCACGCCAACAACUACCACGCCAACCACCACCACGCUAACUACCACGCCAACAACUACCACGCCAUCAACUACCACGCCAACCACCACGCCAACCACCACACCAACUAUCACGCCAACUACCACAACGCCAACUACCACGCCAACAACUACCACGCCAACCACCACGCCAACAACCACCACGCCAACCACCACGCCAACAACUACUACACCAACCACCACGCCAACCACCACGCCAACAGCCACCACGCCAACCACCACGCCAACAACUACUACACCAACUACUACGCCAACCACCACGCCAACAACUACCACGCCAACAACCACCACGCCAACCACCACGCCAACAACCACCACGCCAACCACCACGCCAACAACUACUACACCAACUACCACGCCAACCACCACGCCAACAACUACCACGCCAACCACCACCACGCCAACCACCACCACGCCAACCACCACGCCAACCACCACCACGCUGACCACGACUACCAGUCCGACCACAACAACAAUCGAGCCUUGCCAAGGUUAUUGGUCAGAAUGGAGCAAUAAACAUACACCAAGUGUGCGCCAAAGAGGAGAUCAAGAAUCACCAGAAAAUCUAUGUCGUUCAAAUGAAUCGUUUAGCAAUAUUCAGUGCGAACGUGUUCAUGCUUCCAGUUCGCGAGGGCCAACGACACCUGACAAUGUGACAUGUAAUCUGCAAGGACUCAAAUGCAUCCCGCCACUUUCUGAGAAUGGUUUCAUGUGUCAUGACUAUGAAAUUCGAGUAUGUUGUAUAACCAUCAGCACAACCACCACUUCCACAACCACCUCUACAACUACCCCAUCCACCACCCCAUCCACCACCCCAUCCACCACCCCAUCCACCACCCCAUCCACCACCCCAUCCACCACCCCAUCCACCACCCCAUCCACCACCUCCACAACCACCUCUACAACUACCCCGACCACUACCCCAUCCACCACCCCAUCCACCACCCCAUCCACCACCCCAUCCACCACCCCAUCCACCACCCCAUCCACCACUUCCACAACCACCUCUACAACUACCCCAUCCACCACCCCAUCCACCACCCCAUCCACCACCCCAUCCACCACCCCAUCCACCACCCCAUCCACCACCUCCACAACCACCUCUACAACUACCCCGACCACUACCCCAUCCACCACCUCCACAACCACCUCUACAACUACCCCGACCACUACCCCAUCCACCACCCCAUCCACCACCCCAUCCACCACCCCAUCCACCACCCCAUCCACCACCUCCACAACCACCUCUACAACUACCCCGACCACUACCCCAUCCACCACCUCCACAACCACCUCUACAACUACCCCGACCACUACCCCAUCCACCACCUCCACAACCACCUCUACAACUACCCCGACCACUACCCCAUCCACCACUUCCACAAUCACCUCUACAACUACCCCGACCACUACCCCAUCCACCACCUCCACAACCACCUCUACAACUACCCCGACCACUACCCCAUCCACCACCUCCACAACCACCUCUACAACUACCCCGACCACUACCCCAUCCACCACCUCCACAAUCACCUCUACAACUACCCCGACCACUACCCCAUCCACCACCUCCACAACCACCUCUACAACUACCCCGACCACUACCCCAUCCACCACCUCCACAACCACCUCUACAACUACCCCGACCACUACCCCAUCCACCACCUCCACAACCACCUCUACAACUACCCCGACCACUACCCCAUCCACCACUUCCACAAUCACCUCUACAACUACCCCGACCACUACCCCAUCCACCACCUCCACAAUCACCUCUACAACUACCCCGACCACUACCCCAUCCACCACCUCCACAACCACCUCUACAACUACCCCGACCACUACCCCAUCCACCACCUCCACAAUCACCUCUACAACUACCCCGACCACUACCCCAUCCACCACCUCCACAAUCACCUCUACAACUACCCCGACCACUACCCCAUCCACCACCUCCACAACCACCUCUACAACUACCCCGACCACUACCCCAUCCACCACCUCCACAAUCACCUCUACAACUACCCCGACCACUACCCCAUCCACCACCUCCACAAUCACCUCUACAACUACCCCGACCACUACCCCAUCCACCACCUCCACAAUCACCUUUACAACUACCCCGACCACUACCCCAUCCACCACCUCCACAAUCACCUUUACAACUACCCCGACCACUACCCCAUCCACCACCUCCACAAUCACCUCUACAACUACCCCGACCACUACCCCAUCCACCACCUCCACAAUCACCUCUACAACUACCCCGACCACUACCCCAUCCACCACCUCCACAAUCACCUCUACAACUACCCCGACCACUACCCCAUCCACCACCUCCACAAUCACCUCUACAACUACCCCGACCACUACCCCAUCCACCACCUCCACAAUCACCUCUACAACUACCCCGACCACUACCCCAUCCACCACCUCCACAACCACCUCUACAACUACCCCGACCACUACCCCAUCCACCACCUCCACAACCACCUCUACAACUACCCCGACCACUACCCCAUCCACCACCUCCACAACCACCUCUACAACUACCCCGACCACUACCCCAUCCACCACCUCCACAAUCACCUCUACAACUACCCCGACCACCACCCCAUCCACCACUUCCACAAUCACCUCUACAACUACCCCGACCACCACCCCAUCCACCACCUCCACAAUCACCUCUACAACUACCCCGACCACCACCCCAUCCACCACCUCCACAACCACCUCUACAACUACCCCGACCACCACCCCAUCCACCACCUCCACAACCACCUCUACAACUACCCCGACCACUACCCCAUCCACCACCUCCACAAUCACCUCUACAACUACCCCGACCACUACCCCAUCCACCACCUCCACAAUCACCUUUACAACUACCCCGACCACCACAUGCCCUUGCAACGUUACAGAAAGUAAACAGUGCACUGGAACAUGGAAAGAAGACUGUACUAUUAAAAGCUGUGUGCAAGGGAAAAUUGUCACUGAAAAAGUCUGCAAACAGGAGAAGCCUGAAUGUCCUAAUCAUUUAAAGCCCAUUGAAGUAAUAAAUGAAUGUGGCUGCAUGUCUUGGGAAUGUGGCUGUGAAUGUAGAGUGUGGGGUGAUCCACACUAUCAAACCUUCAAUGGACAGGCGUAUAAUUUCUAUGAAAACUGCACAUACAUUCUAAUGGAAGAACAAAAUCCAAAAUACAAUUUCAAAGUUCUAGUGGAUAAUUACUUCUGCUUUCCAAGGUUCCCAUAUUCUUGCCCAAAAGGACUAAUUAUUUUUCACAGAGGAGAUAAGAUCACUAUUUCAACCAAUUAUGGCUUUGUGUUGAGAGUUAAUGAAAAGCCAAAAAAAAUUCCCUACGAAGCAGAUGAAAUAAUGGUAACCAAUCGAAAUGCUAGGAGUGUGCGUCUUUACUUCAAUGACAUUAAAACAACGAUCAUAGCUGCUCAGAAUGACUUUAGAAUCAUUGUGUCAGAAAGGUUUUUCUACAACAAUACCCAAGGACAGUGUGGCUCUUGUUCAAAUACUAAAAACGAUGACUGUGUGAGACCAAACGGGGUAAUUGAACCUUCUGAUUGCUGCCAUAAAACUGCACUUGAUUGGAAGUUUGAUGACCCCACAAAACCAUAUUGCAAUUCAGCUCCUCAAAAUCAGUCAUGUGUGCCAAUUCCAACUUCCACACCUUGCUCUCCCUCGUCAACUUGUAACGUCAUUCCAGAGAUACUGUCUAAAAACUGUAGCAUGGAUGUCCUUGACCCAUUCUGGGAAAGUUGUAAAACUGACCAUUGCCUGGUCAAUUCGACAGAACUAGACUGUGAAAAUAUAGCAGCAGCUGCUGAGGCAUGCGCAGAUAACGUAUGUGUCGACUGGAGGUCUUCAGCACCUGAAUGUCCUUUUAAGUGCAAAGCGCCUAUGGUUUAUAAGUCUUGUGAAAUGAAGGAAGAUGAUUAUUGUGAGAACAAUCAAGUGAAAAAAGGGUUGAGGUUAGCCUCUUAUGAAGAAGGCUGCUUUUGUCCACACGGAAUGAAGCUAUCGGAAAACAGAACCAAAUGUGUUUCUACAUGUUGCCUGGACAAUGAUGGGAAAAGGAGAAAUGAGGGUGAAAAGUGGGUUGAUCGCAAUGACAAUUGUGUUGUCUACACAUGUUCUGAAAUUGGAGUUCAGAAAACUACAAUAACUUGUUCCAAUCAGCAUGCUUGCGAAGAGUCUGAGAAAAACUGGGAUGAAUAUAGAUGCUGCUAUUCAUGUAGGGGAAAAGUGCGUACCUGCAAAAUGAUGAACCGCACAGAACAUGUCACGAAAACCGUAAAUAAUCGUCAAUGCUCAGCAGAUAUCAACUUCAACAUAUGUGAAGGCAAUUGCCCUACAUCAUCUCACUUUAACACCACAUCAGGCAUCAUUGAGCGCGACUGUAUGUGUUGCCAAGAAAAAGAGUUUGAUGAAAGGACAGUGGACCUUGACUGUGGGAAUGGAAAGACUGCAGAAUACACAUACAAAUACAUCAAAUCAUGUGACUGCAGCAGUAAUGUCUGUACACUUCGAGAAGGCCAAAAUCUCAAAUGAGUGAACUGAAUCUUGAACUUUCAAGUUAUAAUUCAAGUUACAACCAACUUUUGAAAAUAAGCUUUAAUUCAUUUAUUUUCAUCAAAUAGCACAGAAGAGCAAAUAAGAUGUAUUGAGAAACAAGUGACAUUUAGCUACUAUUCAAUUUAGGAUACAGUGAUCCUUGCUAUGCCUUUGUUGUAUAAACUUGUCUCUGUUUUCAAAACUACCUACAACUAUCAAUAAAUAACUGCAAGCAACAAA